AUGAAAGUAUUUUAUACUAUUUAUCUGUUGAAUAUUUGUGUCGGUAAGGAAUUUUAGUCCGCACGGAAUGACGAUAUUUUUGCGGUUUUUAGAGGACAGAAGUUUGAGAUUUGUCUUUGAAAAAACGAGUCUUCGAAAGCUGAAGGAAGCGAGGGGAUUACGGUAUUAUCAGAAAACAACUGUGGAUCGAUAGUAUCUGUUUUCCCCCGAUCGGCUCCUUCCUGUUCUGCUCUCUUCUCGGCUGUUUACGUGUUUGUGCGUGCUCCCUUGAUUGUUCCAAAUCGCUCAUUAAUCACGAGAAUGACGUGUCGCUCCGCCCCUUUUCCCUUUCUGCCAACGGCUUUUGUGACUGAUAACAAAACUGUCGAAUUGCUUUAUAAAACGUUGCUCCGAGGGCGGUUCAAUGUCCACCUCAGUACGAAUCACCUUCUUUCCCAAUUCCUUUCCUUUGUUUCCUUUUUAAUCCUUUUCAUAUAAAAUGUGCUCCUACUUUAUCAGCUCACAGUUACCAUUUCACUCCGUUUAGGUUUCCGUUCUUCAUUUUCAUUUUCAGAUUAAUAUGAUUUUUCUGUUGUUCACUACCUCCCUGGUCCUAUUGACUGCCUAUUUGUAUACGUGGUGGACGAGAAGAGAUAAGGUUUGGAAGGGAGAAAUCGGGUGGAUGUGGUAGUUGUAAUGAUUUCAGAGACAAGUGGAAUUGCGGAAGAUUGUGGAGAGAAAACGGGCGGAACGAGCGGAAAGUGUGAGAUUCGCGAGAGAAUCUUCUCUGAAACUGGAUCCAGAGACCAGGAACAAGAUCUCUUCCCUCGGAUACGCUGAACUCAAAGGUAUGCUAGAUUCUGUUCACUUUUGUGUAGCCUGCUCUUGUGUUUGAUAAGUGGACAAUAAAAAAGUGUUAUCAGAGAAAUGGGCUGAUUCUUCCAGAAGGACUGCAGACUGGCUCGAUCUCGUGCAUCGACGCCGUCCGAACCUAUUACCACAAAGCGAUCGCUGCGAAUGAAAAGACAAAUGCAGUGUGCAUGUUCGUGAAAGAAGCCGAACAAUGGGCGUUGGAAUGGGACGAGAAGGCCAGACAUCCCGGAUUCCAGAAGCCGCCCAUGUUCGGAAUUCCGAUGUCUCUGAAGGAAUGCGUGCCAUUGGGAGGAUACGAUCAGACACGUGGAUUCGUCCAGGACACGUUCCAUCCGACCAAAGAGGACGCCGUUCUCGUGCAGCAACUCAAGAAGCUUGGAGCCAUUCCGUACGUUCAGACGAACGUUCCGCAGUCCCUUCUCAGCUACAACUGCUCCAAUCCAGUGUUCGGAAGAACGAACCAUCCAAUGGAUAAGAACCGAACCCCCGGAGGAUCUUCUGGAGGAGAAUCUGCGCUCAUUUCUGCAGACGGAUCUCUUCUUGGAAUCGGAGGAGACGUCGGAGGAUCCAUCCGUAUUCCGUGCGCCUACACUGGAAUCACAGGCAUCAAGCCCUCCCACCUCCGAUUCUCGCACCGUGGAGUCUGCGGAAGUGUCCCUGGCCGUCCUCUCAUCAACUCCAAUGAUGGUCCAAUGUCCACGAGAGUCGAGACGAACGUCGAUUUCCUCCGAACUGUCUGGGCUGACACGUGGAUUACCGAACAAGAUCCGUACGUGCCGCCAGUGACGUGGAACGAGGAAUUGUACUCGAGUGAGAAGAAGCUUAAGAUCGGGUACUACACCGACGACGGAUGGUUCACCCCCACGCCAGUCUGCCAACGCGCUGUCCUGGAAGCCAAGCAGAUCCUUGAGGACGCCGGACACACUCUGAUUCCGUUCCGUCCUCCGAGAGUCCCCGAAGUCCUUCUCAUGUUCAUCCGUGCCGUCUGUGUGGACGCUGGAAAGUUUCUGUCGAGGAAGUUGAUGAAUGUGAGUGUUUCUCUUCCCGAUUCCUCUUCUAUCUUCUCUCGUUCCAGGACAUCAUCGACCCUCUCCUCUACACUCAGGUCGUUCUCUGGAUGGUUCCGGUGCCUCUGCAAAGAUUCCUCGCCAGCAUCAUCAAAGUGUUCUUCCCUCGUCUCGGAACUCUCAUGAACUCAAUGACUCUGAGCACUGAAGAACUCCGAUGCACUUACGCGGACAUCGAGGCCUACAGAAGUGAAAUGGCCGGCCUCAUGAUCGACAAGAAGAUCGACGCGCUUCUCUGCCCGGUCACAGUCACUGCGGCCCUUCCUCACGUGAUCCCAUCCAAACUUUUCGCCGGUACCAGCUACACUGGCAUCUUCAAUCUCCUCGACUACGCUGCAGGUAAUCCCCCAUUUCAUUCGAGAACCGCACCAAAAGUGAACUUUCAGGAUCUGUGAACGUAACGCAUGUGACAAAACAGGAUGAGCAGGACCUGGAAUCAGACUACGAGGCCUCGGAUCCGUGGUACGCACUGGCGAAGCAGCACUCGCGCGGCACGAUCGGCCUUCCCGUGGGCGUGCAAGUGGCGACUCCUCCGUACCGAGAGGAGACGUGCCUUCGCAUCAUGAGAGAGAUCGAACGCGGUGUUACCGGAAAGUAACUGGCCCCAUAAUUCCUGUGUUUCUUUCUUCCUCCUGCCAUAAUACGUUCUCUCUACGGUUCUCUUUACUUUCCCUUCAUUCUUUUCAUGUUCCUCGUGUCUGCUGAGAUAAAGACUUAUCACGUUAACCUUGUUUACAUCUUUGAAAAUGUCAACCAACGAAGGUAAGCCCUGCGGGGAUAAAUGGUCUCUUUUCACAAGUUUGAUGAUCUUUCGGGCAAAGGAUUAGUUGUUUGUUCAUUGUGAAAAGUUGUUUGAAGUUCCCGAAAGUUCUGUCAAACAUUGACAGACAAUAUUGAUUUCGGAUCGUUUUUCGUUGCCUGAAUUUUCAAAUUUCUUUUUCUCCGAUCGUUUUGCCUUUUGCAAAGUAAACUGUUGAUUUAUUCGUUUCUCACUUGGCACUCAAAAAUGAUUCAAAGGAAUAUUCAAACAUUUCAAACAUUGUCCCUCCUGACUCAUUUUCUCUUUUUUCGGUCCCAAUCUCCGUGUUGAUAUGAGUUCCGUUUCGUCGAAAUCUUGAUAAGUUCCUGAGCACACACUGCCUGUUUGCUCUAUGACCUCCCGUCCUUCGAUCUGUCUGUCAACGAACUUUUUCCAAUCACAAAAAUAUCACUUUUAUCGGUAUUCUGCCUUCUAAAUGCAUUCCAAGCGAGUGAAUUCUCGUCCAGACCCGGGGUGUUUCAAGUACUGACAUUUGUUACGCACUCGAAAGGAUUAUUAGUGGAUUCUAGAUAUUUAGGUACUAUAAACAUUCGAUCCAUUUUUGAUCUACUAUUGAAAUUGCUGUUUGUUUCAUUCAUCAUUGAGUAAUCGAAUUGAGUACAACCUUUACUUCCUCUUUUUAUUCCAUUGCCAAUCUGGAUCAUUUUCUGUGCAAUCCAAAAGUGUGAUCCAUUUGUGUUCCCGCUUUUUUCCCCACUCUCCCUCCCCUUUCCUAGUAUCCAUAGUGACCAUUCCCUUUUCAUUAGGCAACAUUUCCAUUUUGUGAUUUCCUCCCUUUCCUGUCACAUUCUUGCCUUUCGGAAUCUCGACACAGCCGCCCAUGUUUGUCUGUCGGCAGACGCCAAAGAAAAAGUGCGCUGAAGGCAUCGGAAUGGCCUAUAAAACCGUUUUUAUCAUAUCUUUCACGCCCAGCAUUUCCUCUUUUUUCAUUCAGGUCGGAAGGAUUUUUUCGCUGCAAGAACUCACCGAACUCAGUCGUCAACGCUCCUUCCGCCAUGAUCUUUUACGUGGCACUUUUGCUCCUCGGAGCAGUUGCCUACUACUACAAUUUUGAGAAUAAACGAAAGAAGGUGAGCUGAAGAGCAUUAGAAUGAGAAGAAGAGAAAGGACAUUCAGAUCAGGGAGCAGUUGGCACCAGUAGUGCAGAGAAGACGAGAGGAUCAGGUGAAGAAUGUGGAAGAAGCGAGGAAAGAAGGAGAUCGACUGGAGGCUCAGCGGAGGGAUUGGAUCGGAUCAAUGGACUUUGAGCAGUUAAAGGGAGAACUCCAGAGAGGACAUGUCACUUGUGUGGAGGCGGUCAGAACUUACUUGCACAAAGCGAUCGAAGCUCACGAGAAGACCAAUGCGGUGACUUGUUUCAUUCUGGUAAGUAACAGUUCCCGGACGAUGGAACGAAGUGUGUAUUGUUCAGGACGCUGUGCAAUGGGCCGAAGGACUGGACGAGAAAGCGAAGCAGCCGAGCUACGUAAAGCCUCCGUUGUUCGGAAUUCCGAUCUCUCUGAAAGAGUGCCUCAAAAUUAAAGGAUACGAUCAAACACGAGGAUUUGUGCAAGACGCCUACCAUCCGGCAACAUCAGACUCCAUUCAAAUAGAGCACUACAAGAAACUAGGUGAACUUUUGAUAGCGUGAGCACAUAAAAAAGCAAUGAGGAAGUUGAAUUUUCAGGAAUGAUUCCGUUCUGCCAGACGAACGUUCCACAGUCCCUUCUCAGCUACAACUGCUCCAAUCCUUUGUUCGGAACAACCACGAACCCUUACGACAGCACUCGCACGUGCGGAGGAUCUUCUGGCGGAGAAGGAGCACUGAUCGCAGCAGGAGGAUCCCUUCUCGGAAUUGGAACCGACGUGGGAGGAUCCGUCAGAAUCCCGUGUCAUUUCACGGGCACCGCCGGAUUGAAACCGUCCAAAAUGAGAUUUGCACACCGUGGCGGAGGCGCUUCCGUUCCUGGAAAGCCACUGAUUGACGCAAAUGACGGACCGAUGGCACGUGAUGUGAAGACUAACGUCGAGUUUUUGAGAAAUGUAAGGAAACAUGAGUACACUGUGAAUGCAGAGAAGUAAGUACGUUUCAGGUGUGGGGGGACAUAGACUUCCAAUCGGACAGAGAUCCGUACUGUCCGCCAGUCCAUUGGAAUGAGUCACUGUAUUCGAGCGAAAAGAAACUAAGAGUCGGUUACUACGUGGAUGACGGAUGGUUCACUCCCACUCCGGCUCUGCAGAGAGCCGUUCUCGAGUCGAAGAAGCAUUUGGAAAGUGCCGGACACACAGUCGUCCCCUUUGACCCUCCGAGAAUGACCGAAGUGAUGCAGUUGUACUACCGAGCAGUCUGUCUUGACGGUGGGCAGUACGUGCUGCAGAAGAUUCUCAAAGAUCUGAUCGAGCCGACGAUUCACUUCCAAGUGACCCUCUGGAUGGUUCCCAUUUGGAUCCAACGUCUCCUCAGCUACCCAAUCUCUUUGGUGUUUCCCCGGAUGGGAGUUUUGAUGAAGGCGUUGACAAGAGACACAUUCGGUUAGUAGAUGUCAAGAGGACACAACUCUAAGCGAGACUUUACAGAAUUGAGAGAGGCGUACGCCGAGAUCGAAGGCUACAGAGAGGAGUUUGUCGAGCUGAUGAUGAAGAACAACCUGGACGUGAUUCUGUGCCCUGCUUCGAUCAUGCCAGCCCCUCAGCACGACAUUCCUUCAAAGGUCGUUUCUGGAGUCAGCUACACUUGUCUCUUCAACUUGAUGGACUUUGGAGCAGGUGAGAAAAGCAUUUACGAGCUUUGAACCGAGAUUUGUUCUCAGGUGUUGUACCUGUGACUACUGUGAACAAAUCGGACGAAGAGAAGCUGAUCAACGAGUACCCGGAGACUGACAAAUGGUACCAGAUCACGAAGAACGCCACGCGCGGCGCAGUCGGAAUGCCGGUGGGAGUUCAGGUCGCCGCCCCGCCUUUCCGCGAGGAAGUCGUGCUCAGAACUAUGCGGGAAAUUGAAAUCGCCGUCACCGGCAAAUAA